GUCUUCGACGUCUUCUCUCGGGCUCUCUGCUAAUCAGGGACAGAACAGAACAUGGAUCUCGAGCCCCUUGACCCCGCUGAUGUCUCCGAUCAGCUCUCGAAGCCGCCCUUCGUCUCCAUACCCGGCGUCGUCAACGUUCGCGACCUCGGCUCGUACCCUACAGACCAGCCGGGCUUCAUGACACGACCUAGAAUGGUGUACCGCUCCGGAGAGAUCUCAUUCAUCACACCAGAAGGAAUCACAGAGCUGAGGGACAUACUCGGCAUCUCGAAAGUCUACGACCUCCGCUCCGAUACCGAGAUGCAGAAAUACGGGACCCCAAUACCCGAGAUGGAGGGCGUCGAAGUCAUCCAUGUUCCCGUCUUCAAGCGGGAAGACUACAGUCCGGAGGCGAUGGCCAGACGAUUCGAGCUCUACGCCAGCGGGAAGACAGAGGCCUUCAUGCAACUCUACUCCCAAAUCCUAGACCACGCCGGCCCCGCGUUCGGCGUCGUCCUCCGGCACAUAAGAGAUAAGCCAGAGCAAGGAUGCCUCUUCCAUUGCACCGCUGGUAAGGACCGGACAGGCGUCCUAGCCGCGCUACUUCUGAAGUUGGCAGGCGUAGACGAUGAGAAUAUCGCGCGAGAUUAUGCCUUGACACGCGUUGGCCGCGAGCCGGCUCGUGAGAUGGUCAUGAGGCGCCUAGCUCUGGUCCCCUUCUUCGCCUCCAACACCGAAGGCGCUCUCAACAUGCUCUCGUCAAGACACGAGACCAUGAUCGCCUUCCUCCGCAUGCUUCACGAUCGCUACGGGGGCGCGGAGGCGUACGUACAGAACGUCGUCGGCCUCUCCGCAGACGACAUCGCCACCAUCAAGCGCAACUUUCUCGCCCCUGUAUCCCGGAGCUAGCUGUAGACAUAAGUACGCAGUGCGCAC